AUGUCUGUUGACUCGGACUCGCCUGGUGAUGGCCAGAAGGAAACCUCUUCAGAGAUGAUUGAAACGGUCUCCUAUACCGAUAGGAGCGUCGAGUCUGAGGACGCAUGGACGUCGGCGAAAAAGAACCCUAAAGUAAUCAUUUACAGCCUCGCGGCUUGUGUCAGCUCGAUGCUUUGGGGGUUUGAUAUCGGAGUCAACUCGAUCACACUUGCCUUGCCGGGCUUUAAAAUGGUCUUCGGGUACGAAUAUGGUGGCGAGCUCCUAAUAUCUGCCACCUGGAAUGCCCUUUGGACAGCGAUGACAUCGAUCGGAAUGUUAAUUGGAAGUAUCAUCUGCGGAUGGGUCUCGGAUCGUGGUGGUCGGAGACUCGGAUUUGGAAUAGGGUCAGCCAUCUCUUUGCUUGGAGUUGGGCUUGAAUAUGCUGCCAAAGAGCCGGGCAUGCUUCUGGCUGGCAAGAUUAUCAACGGUCUAUCACUCGGCUUCUUCCUUACUUUAGGCUCUACAUAUGCCUCUGAGAUAGCACCUACCGCUCUCCGUCCUUCUUUAACGGCCGCCGUCAACCUGUUUAUCAACGCCGGACAGUUGACAGCGAUUGGCCUUGGAAACACCCGAUUCGCUAUACUCACUCCGGCAUCUUACAAGGUCAUUUUUGCCGCACAGUGGUCGUUCCCUUGUUUUAUUGCAUUAGCAUCCAUAUUCAUGCCCGAGAGCCCUUGGUACCUGUGUCGGAAAGGCCACAUCGAACAAGCAAAGAAGAGCCUGCGAAGGCUUCAUCUUAAAACAACCAAUACAGACAUGAUUCUGGCUGAAAUCCAAGCUUCGAUUGCGUCUGAGAAUGCCAUCGCAAAUCUUCAAAAAGACACAAGCUAUCUGGAUUGCUUCAAGGGCACCGACUGGCGUAGGACUCGCAUUUCAAGCGGAAUGUUUGCCGUGCAGCAAUUCACCGGUAUUGCAUUCUACUCCCAAGCAUUGUAUUUCUUGGGAAUUUCCGGUCUGCCCACUGCUCUUACCUUUCAACUCGCUCUGGGGGGAUUUGGAGUAGCCAUAUUCGGAAACAUUGCCUCAUGGUUCAUUAUGAAUUAUAUUGGACGCCGACCACUUCUUUUGACUGGCAUCGUUCUUAAUGCCCUUUGUUUAAUGUCUGUCGGGGUUGCUGGGUGCUUCACUACCUUGGCCGCUUUAUACUACAUUGGAUUCGUCAUGAACUUUGUCCAAUUAUUCUAUGCUCCGACUGUUGGAGCGGUCAGUUGGGCCAUCAGCGCAGAAGUGAGCUCGGUCAGACUCCGAGUCAAAACCCAAAGUUUGGCAAUUAUGACGAAUGCGCUGGUCAGUUGGGCGAUGAACUUUGUUGCACCAUAUCUCAUCAACACUGAUGAAGCCAACCUAGGAGGCAAAGCAGCGUUUGUGUGGAUGGCACUUUCCUUGGUGAGUCUAGCUUGGGCUUGGCUGGAGGUCCCAGAGCUCAAGGGUCGAACUUAUGGCGAAUUGGACGAUAUCUUUGCACAAAAGAUGCCAACAAGGAAGUUCACAGAGGCGACAGUUGAAAUCAGCUCGAUCUCUAGAAGCACCUAG